AUGAAUAGUGGUGAAUCAAGUAUUGCAGCACUUGAUCGUUAUAUUGCACCAGGCUUACGAUUAUGGAUGCUUAUCGCGUUGGUUUCCGGGAUAUUACUUAUCAUGGUGGUUAUUGUAUGUUGUUUUAUGCGCAUAAGAAUUCCAAGAACGAAACGACAAAUUGAUCUGAUUGCUGCAAAAAGAAAAAUGAGAAAGGCUAAAAUGCCAUCGGUCACAUCACAUCAAGAGAUAGUUUAUUCAGGCAAAAAUACUGGUUCUAAUUUUAAUUGUAAUGAAUUGAUAUUUUAG